AUGGCGUUGAAAGUAGUGCAGCUCAGUGGGCAAACGGUUGCUGCUGACCUGAAAGGCGUCCAGAGCGUCUCGGAGCUGCGGCAACGAGUAGGUGCAGCUGUUGGCGAGGCGCCCGCUCGCAUCAGACUCUUGGCUGGCGAGAUUGAGGUGAUGGACAGCAGCGACUUCGUGCCUGCCGCGUUCCCAAGCGGAGUUGUGACGAUGGCCAUAUCAGCGCCGGGGUUGCAAGCGGGGUUCUACUACCUGGACGACUGCGAAGCCUUCAACUACGACUCGGAUGUUGAUGGUGGAGAAGACGAGAUCGAGAUCCUCGAAGACGGCUCGGCCAAGAGAGAACUUCUGCACCGGCGGAGCUGGAUAGACGGAGGAGGACAUUCGGGCAACAACGUACGCCAUGCCAGAGGAGAAGGCACCUGGGAGCUGGACGACAAGAACCGGCUGCGCGUGACGUGGACGCGGCCUGCCAGCCACAAGGGGCAGCAACCGUCUGAGUUCUCCCUGACAAGCGAGGGCAGCUUGAUGUACCCGUGCCCCUUCCGGCAGCGGCAGUACAGAUAUUUCACCACUCGCCAGAUGAAAGCCACAUAA